CUCCAAAGUUUGCUCUCUCUGUGCGUGUGUGUUAUCGUUUUGGUCGUCGUUUUGGUUAAGUCGCACAUUCCAUCUGUCGUCGUCGUGUUUUGAACGUGUUUAGAGAUUCCAAAGUUGCAUUUUUUUUUCUCGAGUCCGAGUGGUCCAGAUUUCACGACUUCUACGGCAGUGCGUAAGAUCUGUCAAGUGGAACCUCCGCCCGCUUGUGCCGGAGUCGCUAAUUGAAUUAUAUAAGUAAACGUAGACGGUGCUAGAGAUUCCCUUCCCAAAAGAAACAUUGAGAGAUAUCGCGCUACCGCUGCCUCAAGCUAAGCUCCAGAGGAAGACCGCAAAAGUACGAUGCUUCUGAACCGAAAUAAAUUUGGGGGCUUCCGACCGGCCAAGAUCUUGAAGCAGGAAAAGAUGGACGCUCCCAUCACAUCGGACAUCGUCAUCAUCAACGGGAACUCCCAUCCGGAUUUGGCGAACCUGAUUGCGAGUCGCCUGGGCGUCAAAAAUGGCGGCUGCUCUGUCUACCACAAGACGAACCGGGAAACCAUGGUCGAGAUCGGCGAUUCCGUGCGCGGCAAGGACAUCUACAUCAUCCAAACCGGAACAAAGGACGUCAACAACAACAUCAUGGAGCUGCUGAUCAUGGCGUACGCGUGCAAAACCUCGUCGGCCAAGUCGAUCGUGGGCGUCAUUCCGUACCUGCCGUACUCGAAGCAGUGCAAGAUGCGCAAACGGGGCUGCAUCGUGUCGAAGCUGCUGGCCCGGAUGAUGUGCACCUCGGGGCUGACCCACAUCAUCACGAUGGAUCUGCACCAGAAGGAGAUUCAGGGCUUCUUCGACUGUCCGGUGGACAACCUGAGGGCGUCGCCGUUCUUGCUGCAGUACAUCCAGGAGAGCAUUCCUGACUACAGGAACUCGGUGAUUGUGGCCCGCAAUCCCGGGUCGGCCAAGAAGGCCACGAGCUAUGCCGAGCGGUUGAGGUUGGGAAUUGCCGUGAUUCACGGCGAGCAGAAGGAGUCCGAGACGGACGAGGUCGACGGCAGGAACUCGCCUCCGACGUUGCCCAAGUCGCGCACAAUGGACGUUUCCGGUGGAGUUCCGGUCCAUCCGGCCAAGGAGAAGCCCCCGAUUAACGUGGUCGGAGACGUUGGCGGUCGGAUCGCCAUCAUGGUUGACGACCUGAUCGACGAUGUCCAGUCGUUUGUCGCGGCCGCCGAAGUCCUCAAGGAGAGGGGCGCGUACAAGAUAUACGUCAUGGCCACCCACGGUCUGCUCAGCCAGGACGCGCCCAGACUGAUCGAGGACUCGGCGAUCGACGAAGUGGUCGUCACGAACACCGUUCCGCACGAGAUCCAGAAGAUGCAGUGCCACAAGAUCAAAACCGUCGACAUCUCGGUGCUCAUGUCCGAGGCCAUCCGUCGCAUCCACAACAAGGAAUCGAUGUCCUACCUGUUUAAGAACGUCACCCUGGAGGAUUAGGUUGAACUGUUUUUCUUUUUUAUUAAAUAUCUUUUAAUUUGUCAAUUCUCAAUUGGAAAGCUAGCUGAAAUUAUUAAGCGCCGAAAGCUGAAUUGGAAAACCAAACAAUCGUGAAAGAAUUUAGAAAUCCAUUAAAAAGGGCGCAAAUAUUCGCUGUAAGCAUUUUUAUAAAACAAAAAAAUACACACAAAAAGUAAAAAUUAAGGAUCAAAUCCUAAGAAAUUGCAAAAGCAAAAACAGCAGACCAAAAUAUUUUUGUAUCUUACAAAGCAAAAGAAAAUAGUAUUUGUGAUGGCACCUUUUUGGUAUUUUUCAGUCAGUAAAUAUUCACACACUUAUGUGUGGUAAAGUCGCUUUCCAGUCAGCAGUGCUUAGAGAAAUAGUGUCCAGAUACUACCAACUUAUCUCGAUUUUAAACCCUACUUUCAACAGCAAAAACAGUUGGUUUAUGAGUUCAGUACAAGCAAGCAAAAUAUCACACUGAGGUAUAUACAGAAUGAUUUCCUUCUUUUAUAAUCGUUAGAGCUAGAACGGAUGAUGAAUAAAUAUGAAAUAAUAAAAUAAAUGCUUAUAUUAAAA